AAAGCAAUAACCUUUUAGUCUUAAAAGAUGUAUGUCAAUUUUGCUUCUUGUUUACUUUUUUUGUUUGUUUUGAAAUAGUCUUAUUUAGUUCAAUAAUGGCAGAUGCACUUGUAUCAGUAGUCCUACAACAAUUGAGUAAUGCCCUUGCAGCAGAGAUUCAACAAGAAGCAAGACUAUUGUUUGGAGGUGAAGAAGAGGUUCAAAAGCUGAGUACAGCACUAACUGCAAUCAGGGCUGUGCUUAAUGAUGCAGAGAAAAAGCAAGUGAAAGAAUCUAGUGUUCAAGUUUGGCUACAAGAGCUUAAAGCUAUAUCAUAUGAUUUAGAUGACUUGUUAGAUGAAUGGAACACCAAGUUUUACACAUCCAAAAUUCACAAGGAGCAAUCUUUUCUCCCCAAAAAAAUGGUAUGCUUUUCUCCACUCUCUUGUUUAAAUAAAACUGUGAUGCAUCAUGAAAUGGGUAUUAAAAUGAAGGGUAUUAAAGAAAGAUUAGAUUUUAUCUUAAAUGAGAAAGAAAAGUACCAUUUUGUUAUGGGAGGGAAGAAUGAAGAGCCAGAGAAAUCAGAAAGUACACCUUUAAUUGAUGUAUCAGAGGUGUGCGGUAGGGAAUUGGAUAAACAAGCUAUAGUAAGCAAAUUGUGUGAAUCUGAUGAUAUGUCAGGGGAAGUUGUCAGCCCUAACAAUGGUCCUCUUGUUGUUUCUAUAGUUGGUAUGGGUGGGAUGGGGAAGACAACUCUAGCUCAGUUGGCCUAUAAUGAUGAAGCAGUUGAUUCCUAUUUUCAACAUAAAAUCUGGGUUUGUGUUUCUGAGUCUUUUGAUAAGAAUCUGAUUGCAAAAAUGGUGAUUGAAGCUACUGAUGUAUGCCGUACCCACAUAUUUUGGUCUGAGUUGCAGAAGCAACUGCAGGAGUCUGUCAACGGAAAGAAAAUUCUUCUUGUGCUUGAUGAUGUAAGGACUGAUGACUUCCGAAUGUGGGAACCGCUGAAAAUUCCUCUUCGGUCUGCAGAAUCAGGGAGCAGAAUCUUACUUACUACGAGAAAUGAGAGAGUUUCCAUUAUGAUGGAAGCCUCGUACAGGCUUCCUCUAGGGAAGUUGUCGCCUGUUGAUGCUUGGUCGUUGUUCCGUAGAUUUGCAUUUUACGGGAAGAGUAGAGAGGAUCGCCGUAAUUUGGAAGAAGUCGGUAGGAAAAUUGCGGAGAGGUGCAAAGGGUUGCCUUUGGCUGUGAAGACAUUAGGGAGUCUGAUGCGGUUCAAAGAAACAAAACAAGCUUGGGAGAAUGUUCUUGAUAGUGAACUGUGGGAAAUAGAAGAGGUUGAAAGGGAUGUUUUCACGCCUUUGUUGCUCAGUUAUUAUGACUUGCCUUCCCCUAUGAAACGUUGUUUUACCUAUUGUGCUAUUUUCCCAAAAGACUAUAAGAUGGAUAAGGAAACUCUGAUACACAAUUGGAUGGCACAGGGCUUUCUUGUUCCUUCUGGAACCAUGGAUGUAGAACAAAAGGGUGUCGACUACUUCGAUAACCUAGCCAUGCGUUCGUUUUUUCAAGAUUUCGAAAAAGAUAUUGACGAUCCUAGAAAGAUCACUUGCAAAAUGCACGAGAUUGUGCAUGACUUUGCUCAGUUCCUUACAAAGAAUGAAUGCUUAAUAUUGGAUGCUGAUGAGAGACAUAUUUCAAGGCUGGAUCUGUCGCAUCAAAGAAUUCGUCACCUCACCUUAAUUGGUCCGAUUGAAUAUUUUGAUCCUUUUGUUUACAAUUUCAGAAAUCUACGAAUACUGCAGGUCCUACAGAAGCAAAUGAUGACAUUGCCAGGUGAUUUAUUUAGAAAAAGAAAAUUUGCAGGUAAGUUAUUCGAGCACCUGAAAUCUCUAAGAGGGUUGGAUCUAAGUCAUACUUCGAUCCGAAGACUCCCAAGUGAGAUUGGAAAACUUUUACAUUUAAGAUGGCUGAACUUGUCUUCGUUGGACUUGGAGGAGCUGCCCGACGCAGUGUGUAAUCUGUAUAAUUUGCAGACCUUGAACCUCGAUCGCUGUAAACGUCUACCGAGACUACCUGCGGGACUAGGAAAAUUGCUUAACCUGAGGCAUCUUAAUCUUAGGGAGACCGACUGCCUAGAUAUCUUCCCACACGGUAUUGAGCGAUUAAGAAACCUUCGAACCUUGAGCAAGUUUGUUGUGAGUGUAAACAAGGAAGGAUGCAACAUUGUAGAACUGAAAAACCUCAAGUUUUUGAGAGGGCACCUUGAAAUAAGCAGGUUGGAGAAGAUUGUGGAUAGUGAUAAAGCAAGAGAAGCAGAUUUGACAAAUAAGCAGCUUCAAAGUUUGGAUCUAGUAUUUUCAUUUGGGGUUAAAGAGGUGAUGGAAAAUGUGAUUGAAGCUCUACAACCACACCCGAAACUAGAAGCUCUACAGGUUUAUGACUACAGCGGAUCGAUGCUUCCUAGCUGGAUAACCUUACUAACAAAUUUGAAACAUUUGAGACUCUUGAGCUGUAUAAACUGUGAACAGCUCCCUCCAUUAGGAAAACUCCCAUCUUUGGAGACUCUCUUAAUAGGCCAUUUCAAUAGCUUGAAAUCUGUUGAGUUGCUUUGGGUACAUCCUGUCUCGGAUAUUCAUGCUGCAGAGUCAUCUGUAGCUUUUCCGACGCUAAAACAGCUCACAUUUCGCUUCAUGGCUGAGUGGGAAGACUGGGAUGCAAUAACUAACUCUACUGCUAUUGCUAGUUGUUCAAGUAGUAACAACAGCAGCAAUGUGAGUGCAAGAACGCUAACGGCUAUGCCAUGCCUACGCUCUCUAUCACUUUACGACUGUCCCAAGCUAAAGCAAAUACCAUCCUAUCUUCAGUUGAUGCUACUCGAGGAACUGAUCAUUACAAGGUGUCCCAUUUUAGAACAGCAACGCCACUCACAGUAGCCUUCAGUUUCUUAGCACUUCACCGCACACUAAUCUCUCUAAAUUUAUAUUUAUUUGUCGGAAAUUGUUAACUAAUGGUUGAGCCGUACAUUAUCCGGUACUAUAAAUUGAGGGUUAGUCGCAUAGGGGAAUCCUGACAAGCUUGGAAUA